GGAAUACUUAAUAAAAUGAAUUCAUCAGAAAAUAAUAUUACCCCACCGUUGGAAGCUAUGGACCAGUUGGCAAAAUUGCAGUUUACCUUUUCGUCGCUGCUUUCUUCAUAUCAAGCUCAAAUUCAAAUGGACGAAUCUGCAGCAAGUUUGGAUGAUUGCGAGACAUCGCCACAAUUUUCCCCGUCUUCUCCAAAUAAUUCAAUUUCAAUAAAUCCAAAAAAUUUUCCUUCUUGUCGAAGAAGUCGAACAACGUUUAAUAAUGAGCAGAUUGCACAAUUAGAAACUGUUUUUAAAAAGACCCAAUAUCCAGAUGUUUGUUUACGAGAACGGCUUGCUUUGCAGACAGGAUUAAGUGAGGCAAGAAUACAGGUUUGGUUUCAAAACAGACGUGCCAAACAUCGAAAACACUCCAAAAGAUGCCCAACAACCCUUAGCAAUGAUAAUCAACAACAACAAUUAAUAGUAACAUCGUCUGCUUCAAAUUCAAAUUUUCUUUGUCCACCAGAAAUGGGUGUAGAUUUGUUUCGACGUUGUUCUCUCUCCUCUUCUUGUUCUUCAACAUCAGCUACAGAAUCUAGCCCACAAUUAUCACCUUUAUUAUUAACACCCCAAAAACAAAAUAAGGCUAACAGAUUUUUUAUUGAUAAUCUUUUGGAUAAUAAUCAACAACAAAUAAAUGGGGGAGAAGAGGAAGAAUGGAAUGAUGAUAUGGAGCGAAAAUAA